AUGCAGUCUGUCUUUGACAGAAGACGAAUAAACGGACCAGAAGAUAGCUCUGCUCCAAUUUUCGCCGACGAACAUCAAAAAUCGCUCACUCCAGAUCUGUACAAAGACCGCCAUAAUCGAAGCGUUUCUGAUAUUCGACCUAUCUUUCUUCAGCCUGGACUUAUAAGCCAGGCGAAUGGCUCAGCAUAUAUCGAGACGGAUCGGACAAAGAUUGCAUGCUCAGUUUAUGGGCCUCGUCAAUCAAAAAACACUGCAUACAACGAAAAGGGUAGACUGAACGUGGAGGUAAAAUUUACGCCGUUUUCUUCUGAGCGUCGGAGGGCCCCACUUCGGGAUGCAGAAGAUCGGUCAAUCGCGGUUGCUAUUCAACAGGCCCUCUUGUCCUCUGUUCGACUAGAGCAUUUCCCAAAAUCCACAAUCGAUAUUUUCUUGGUUAUAAUAGAAGCAGAUGGAAUCGAGGGAUGUGUUGCUUCAGGUUCGAUUGCUGCUAGUACGGCCUUGGCUGAUGCUGGUAUCGAUAUGUAUGGCCUCGUAACGUCUUGCACUGCUGCGAUCAUAGGGGAAGAUAUCUGGGUUGAUCCAACACAAGAAGAGUGCGAUAUGGCUAACGGGACCCUCAUUUUGUCUUGUAUGCCUGCCCUUGGAAUUGUGACCAACGUGUGGCAAUCGGGUCGGAUGGCUAUUUCUCAGGUUUCAGCAUGUUUAGACGCAUGUGAUGGUCGAUGUACAGAUAUUCACUCUGUUGUCGCGCAAGCUUUGUUAAACAGCGCACGUAGCAAGGUCUAA